AUGGGAAGUUACUCAAAGAUCAGACAAAUGCAAAAACAGCUGCGGAUGAAGAAUGAAGAUGGGCCUGUGAAACCAUCCAAAACUACAAUCCAAGCUAUGUAAUCCUUAAUCAGGCACUCAUUUGACUCCAACAUUAAAUCUCCCUUAAUCAGGAAAAAGCUAAUUAGUAAAGCUAAGGGUGAUGACCAAAGAACAAAAAAUUCUCGAUGGGGAUUUUCUCUUAUAGAGCGUCCAACCCCUAAAUCUACAGAAAUUUCCAAAGUGUCCAUAUUGAAACCGAUAAAUGACCGUGCGUUAGAAUAUGAAUUAGCAAUUCGAUCACAUCUGAGGUCUGAGUCUUAUUCAUCUUCAUCAAAACGCUCACUCCUCCCCCCAUCCUUGAUAGAACGAAUGACUGUAAAAAUUAUUAAAUACUCUUACCCUCUUAUUUAAAAGUAAAUAAAAAAAAAAAUAUAUUAUUUUAUAUAUAAAAUUUUUUCCCAAAAAAGUUUGUUUUUAACCCCCAUCCUUGAUCGAACGAUGGCGGAUCGUUCGAUCAAGGAGGGGGAGAGGAGUCAGCAGUUAUACCGCUGACGAAGGCCAAAAUAUCUAAUGUGCUGCCAGAGCUUAAAAAUGAAAAUUUAAAUACCACUUGAGAUAAGCAUCUUGUGAAAUUAGAAAAACAAGAAAGUCAGCUGAAAAAACUAAUAAAAAAUCUGGAUAGGAAGAAAAAGCUAAUUAAAUUGUCGCAAACUCCGAUGAGAUCGUAUUCUCCUGAAAUGGUAAGCAAAGAUGAUAAAAUUAGAAACGUUUCAAACUCGCCUAAGAAGGGUAUUGGCGUCGCGAAGGCUGAUCCAAUUGCCAAAAGAAAAAGAAUUUAUUUAAAGUAA